GUCGCUUCUACUUUUUGGGAGCAGAGAAAAACGAUGGCAGAUGGAUAUGGCUACGGCGGUUUUUCUGGAGUACCGUACCCGAUCUUUCUUUCUUCUCCGUCUUCUCAUCCUCCAUCUUCUGCGCCGCCGAUCCAACCUUUUGAAUCGUAUGAUCCAACCCAGGGAGGGUAUGAUCCGCUGAUUUCUCAGGGCUCUUAUCACCAAUCGCCGAAUUAUUGGUUAAAUCAGCUACCAAUUGGUGAUAAUUCUCGCUCUCAGACGCCUUCUUCAUCGUUUGGAAAUUUUGGUCCCAGGGCUGAAGAUUUUCAUAGAGGCUUGUUCUCACCGAGUGAAUUUAACCCUUCAAGGGAAUCAUCAUCUGAUGUUGUUGUGCCACUCCCCACUGAGAAUUUCUUAGAGAGGCAACGCUAUGAGUGGGUUCCUUAUACCUCAGCUACCGUGUCUUCUUCAGCAGAUAUGCUGAGUAGAAAUUCUCAGGAACCAUUCUAUAAGCCUAUCCCGUCUUUUGGUGCUUAUCCUUCUAGCAAUGCUUUUGAUGAUAAACCUUCCGGACAUUACCAUCAUGGCUAUGAUAAACCUAAGAGUACGAACGUUGUCCCUGGUCUUUCUGUGGAGCCUUGCUUAGGUGUUCCGUCUUUACCAAUGUCAAGCUUGAAAACAGAAGCUCUCUUUGGUGGAAGUCAAACUGGGAUUCGUUUAGGAGACGGGAAAUCAUUCCGUGGUGACGAGCCUGAGAAUAUUCAAUCGAGUUCUUCUGUUGAACCGGUGAAUUUCGACGCGUUGCUUGGAUAUGGUGAAGCCACUGGUCACGUCAAGCCUUUUUCUGAAAAGACAGUUUGCUCGCCAGGAUCACGGAGUCUCCGUUCUUCACACCCGAUACAUUUUAAUGUCAAUUCCUCCGAUUCACUGUUCAAGGAAAAAGGAGAAGGUUGUGAUGUCUCCUCCCUUUAUCAGAAGCCAAAUACGUUGGUUGCUGACAUUGAGACUGGUAUUUCUGAGACCUUCUUGAAGAAUGCGAUUGAAGAUUUGAAUUGCAAUGAGCAUAGAUCCUGGAACCACUUCAUGGUAUCUUCUGAGGGACCUUCAGCUCCUACUGUGUUCUCUAUGGGGAAUGAGCCAUGUGGUGCAAUAAAAGCGGAUAAUGAUAAUGCUGCUCAUUCGGCUGUCAACUAUAAAACCCUUUCCGAAGGUAGUGCUAAUCAACCUAGUGAAGAUGUUCAAGCCAGUGAAAAGACAUGUAAGCUCCAGGAACAACUGUUUGAUACGAUGAAUAGAGCUAAGAAGAAGACCACUUUGUUGACAGAUGUUUGUAUCAAAGGGAGGAGUACAUCCAAUGCAGAUGAUGUAUCAACUGGCCGAUCACCUGAAAAGCAUUUAUGUGAUCAAGGAGAUUUCCCAUCCCCGCCUUCUUCUGCAAGAGUUUCUUCCGUGAUUAAUGCCAUGCAUAAUCUGUCAGAAGUGCUUGUUUACGAAUGCUUCAACAAUGGGAGCUGCCUUAUGCCGGAACAUCUUGAGAACAUUGAUAGAGUAGUAGAGAAUCUCACCAAGUGCUUAAAGAAAAUCACCAGUAACAAGAGAGUAGCAGGGGAAGCAUCAGUUCCAACUCAAGCUAUGAAUGUUUCCUGUCCAAACGUGGUUGAUCUUAAUGAGGCCCCAAAUGUAGUCGCUAAAGACUGUCAAGGAUUUAAUGUCAAGCAGCUAGACAGCUUUGGUUUCAAAGAACCGGUGGAUACGGAUAAGACUACUGAGAUGACCCAGAGUAUUAAGAACGUACUUGCUUCCAACUUUCCUGAUGGUGAAGAAAACCACCCACAAACUCUCUUGUACAAGAAUCUCUGGCUCGAAACUGAAGCAGCCUUAUGUUCCUCAACUUGCAUGGCUCGCUAUCAUCGUAUCAAGAACGAGAUUGAUAAUCUCAAAAUUCAGAACAAUGAGGUCUCUCCAGAUGCAUCAACCUUUAUGCAGGAACCUUUUCUUAACCCGCAGGAGACGACUGAAUCACUCAUCAAACACGGAAGCUAUGGUGGGAACAAUGAAGUAACAAUGAUGAGUCGUGACGCUCCACAAAGCUUUAAAUUCAACUCUGAUCCCGUGAAUGCAGUACUUUCACUUAUGUCUAGAAGCUUUACCGGUGGUUUAGAACAGGAAAAUCAUGGAAACGUCAAGCUUGAUGCUCAGAAAGCCGACACUAUACAGCAGGAAUCCACAAGGGAGGGAAAAUAUGAUGAUGUUAUAGACCGGUUUCAGAUUCUGAAGUAUCUGGAAACAAAGCGCAAACUCAAAUCUCAGAACUGCCCGGAUUCAGACAUUGGUAGGCUUCAGAUUCUGAAGCCGCAGGAGGAAACAAAUUGCAAACUCAAUUCUCAGAACUUCACAGAGACAAGAAAUGAUAACCAGGAGGAGAAUCGAGAUCAAGUCUUGGAGAUGGCUAAAAUUGGCAAAAGCAGCUAUAUGACCGAUGUAAUGGAUAGAUUCCAGAUACUAAAACGCCGAGAAGCUGAGCAAGUUCAGAAGUCUCUCAACAGCUUGGACAUAGAUUCAGAUUCAGAAGACGAUCAGCCAAGAAACAAGACACAUAACCUCUGGCCAGACUCGAUUACCGUCGGUACUGAACCAUCUGCAUACUCGGACUGGGAACAUGUCCCCAAGGAUGAUUGAGUACUGGAACUUCCUUGGGCAAGAAGUUUCGAUCCUUUUUAAUGGCUUUGUUUGUGUAUAAAUAAAAUGGCAUUGUGUGAUUACACUUAAAAUGAAAUUGUGUGGAGUGGUAUUUUGCUAUUUUUCAAAUUGUGGCGUGUAGUUUCAAUGUUUUCUGACAACUUACAUAAUAUGUGUUAUCUGCAUCCUCAGAAUCUUA